UUUCCUUUCAGAGCUCUCGCCAGAGACCGCUUUGCCCAUCCAUUAUUCCCUCUUUCUCAAUGCAAGGACAAGACUCAAAUCCGACGGCCGGAGACGACCACAGGCUCGCCGUCCGGCGAAUCCAACGGCUCUCCCUCCACCUCACUCCGAUUCCUCGCUCCCUCUGCGACUCCGAUGAGCUCCAGAUGCUAAGAUGCUCCAGGGGAACACCGAAGCUCGUAGUGGAGACUUCGAAUCUCUCGGAUUACAUGAGGGGCAAAAACAGAGAGAUUCAAGAAAGGAUUUACGAAUACUUCAAUUCUAAGCCUGAGCUUCAGACUCCGCUCGAGAUCUCCAAGGACGAUCACCGUGAGCUCUGUAUGAGACAGCUUGUUGGUUUGGUCAGGGAGGCUGGGAUUAGGCCCUUCAGGUAUGUCGUUGAUGAACCCGCUAAGUAUUUCGCUGUUUUGGAAGCUGUUGGGAGCGUCGACAUGUCGCUUGGGAUUAAGACAGGGGUUCAGUACAGCCUAUGGGGAGGCUCAGUGGUCAAUUUAGGAACUAAGAAACAUAGGGAUAAGUACUAUGAUGGUAUUGACAGUUUGGAGUAUCCAGGUUGUUUUGCUAUGACAGAACUCCAUCAUGGUUCAAAUGUUCAAGGCCUCCAAACAACAGCAACAUUUGAUCCACUUGCAAAUGAAUUUAUAAUCAACACUCCAAAUGAUGGAGCCAUCAAAUGGUGGAUUGGCAAUGCUGCUGUUCAUGGAAAGUUUGCCACUGUUUUUGCCAAGCUAUUGUUGCCCACUCAUGAUAUAAAAGGAGUUUCUGAUAUGGGUGUCCAUGCCUUCAUUGUGCCAAUAAGGGAUUUGAAGACUCACCAAACUCUUCCUGGGGUUGAGAUACAUGAUUGUGGUCAGAAGGUUGGUUUAAAUGGAGUGGAUAAUGGAGCUUUGAAAUUCAGUUCGGUAAGAAUUCCUCGAGACAACCUUCUUAAUCGGUUUGGAGAUGUUUCGAGGGAUGGCAAAUACACAAGUAGUCUCCCAACCAAAAAUAAAAGAUUUGCUGCCAUGCUAGGGGAGCUUGUAGGUGGGAGAGUUGGCCUUGCAUAUUCUUCAGUUGGUGUCCUCAAGAUUUCCACCACUAUUGCAAUCCGGUAUUCUUUAUUGCGCCAGCAGUUUGGUCCUCCUAAGCAACCUGAAAUCAGUAUACUUGAUUAUCAGUCUCACCAGCACAAGCUUAUGCCAAUGCUGGCUUCAACUUAUGCGUUCCAUUUUGCCACAGUACAUUUGGUGGACAAUUAUUCAGAAAUGAAAAGGUCUCAUGAUGAAGAAUUGAUUGCAGAUGUUCAUGUGCUUUCAGCUGGCCUCAAGGCUUAUGUGACAUCCUAUACAGCAAAGGCAUUGAGCAUCUGUAGGGAAGCUUGUGGAGGCCAUGGGUAUGCUGCUGUUAACCGCUUUGGUAUUUUGCGCAAUGAUCAUGACAUAUUCCAGACAUUUGAAGGGGACAACACAGUUCUGCUUCAACAGGUAGCGGCUGAUUUGUUGAAGCAAUACAAGGAGAAGUUCCAAGGUGGGAGGUUCACAGUUACAUGGAACUAUCUAAGAGAAUCCAUGAACGCGUAUCUGUCCCAACCAAAUCCUGUAACUGCUCGAUGGGAAAGUGAAGACCAUCUGCGAGAUCCAAAAUUCCAGUUGGAUGCCUUCAGAUACCGAACAUCUCGUCUGCUUCAAAGUGUUGCUGUGCGACUACGCAAGCACUCAAAAACUCUAGGGGGUUUUGGUGCUUGGAAUAGGUGCUUGAAUCACCUGCUGACACUUGCAGAAUCCCAUAUUGAAUCUGUCAUCCUUUCCAAGUUUAUUGAAGCUGUAGAGAUCUGUCCUGAUGAAAAUUCGCGGGCUGCUCUGAAACUUGUUUGUGAUCUUUAUGCCUUGGAUCGAAUCUGGAAAGACAUAGGAACAUAUCGUAAUGUUGAUUAUGUGGCGCCCAACAAAGCUAAGGCAAUCCACAAACUAACUGAGUACCUGAGCUUCCAAGUGAGGAAUAUUGCGAGGGAACUUGUGGAUACAUUCGAUCUUCCAGAUCAUGUUACAAAAGCCCCAAUUGCAAUGAAGUCGGAAGCUUACUCUCAUUACACGCAGUAUGUGGGGUUUUAGUACUGAAAACAUAUAUACAAAAAAGCAGCAAAAAAAGUACGUCUUUGAAAUAAAGUUGGACAACAAAUUAAUGAAAAACAAGGACAGUGAGAAAAUGUGAUAUUACUCCUAUACCAAAGUCGAUGAUAGGAACUUUCUUUUGCUACCAUUCCUUUUCUCUUGUUCAGUUCUUUAUUAUUACAUAUUUUCUGAUUCCCGAUAUAAAGAAUUGUUGAAAGUUGGUGGGUCCAAGGUGAUGUCUUUGGCGUUAGUACCACAUAGAUAGAUACUUGGGGUGAAAAUUUAAAAGAAGUGUAUAACUUGUACUGAUAUUUGUAAAAUGCAUCAAAUAACAAUUUAAUCAAAAGGCAGUUUGUUCUUUGUACUCUAAAA